UCCAGCGCGUUCGCCACGCCGCGGCCGCUCCGGCCAUGGCCCCCCGGAGCCCUGCCCGCCCAGGGGUCGCUGUCGCCUGCGGCUGGCUCCUCACCGUUGUUCUCGGCUUCUGCGUAUCAUUCAAUGUUGACGUGAAGAACUCCAUGACGUUCAGUGGCCCUGUGGAGGACAUGUUCGGGUACACUGUUCAGCAGUAUGAAAAUGAAGAAGGAAAAUGGGUGCUCAUCGGCUCUCCGCUAGCUGGCCAGCCCAGGAACAGGACCGGGGACGUCUACAAGUGUCCCGUUGGCAGAGGGGAAUCAUCGCCUUGCAUCAAGUUGCAUCUACCAGUUAAUACAUCAAUUCCCAAUGUCACAGAAGUAAAGGAGAACAUGACGUUUGGGUCCACGUUGGUCACCAACCCCAGUGGAGGGUUUCUGGCCUGUGGGCCCCUGUACGCCUACAGAUGCGGACACCUGCACUACACGACGGGAAUCUGCUCUGACGUCAGCCCCGCCUUUCAGGUCGUGAACUCCAUCGCUCCCUGUGCAAGGCCCCACUUCGAGUGCAGCACCCAGCUGGACAUCGUCAUCGUGCUGGACGGCUCCAACAGCAUCUACCCCUGGGCCAGCGUGACCGAGUUCCUGAACAACCUCCUGGACAGGAUGGACAUUGGCCCUCAGCAGACGCAGGUUGGGAUUGUACAGUAUGGAGAAAAUGUCACCCACGAGUUCAACCUCAACACCUACUCAUCAACAGAGGACGUUCUUGUUGCUGCCAAUAAAAUAGUCCAGAGAGGCGGCCGCCAGACGAAGACAGCCCUUGGGAUAGACACAGCAAGGAAAGAGGCUUUCACCGAAGCCCGGGGCGCCCGAAGAGGGGUUAAAAAGGUCAUGGUCAUUGUGACAGAUGGAGAGUCUCAUGACAACCACCGACUGGGUCAGGUCAUCCAAGACUGCGAGGACGACAAUAUUCAGCGGUUUUCCAUAGCUAUCCUUGGCAGCUAUAGCCGAGGAAAUUUAAGCACUGAAGCAUUUGUGGAGGAAAUAAAAUCUAUUGCAAGUGAGCCCACUGAAAAGCACUUCUUCAACGUCUCCGAUGAACUGGCUCUCGUCACCAUUGUGGAAGCUCUGGGAGAAAGGAUAUUUGCCCUGGAAGCUACGGCUGACCAGUCAGCGGCGUCCUUCGAAAUGGAAAUGUCGCAGACCGGCUUCAGUGCGCACUACUCACAGGAGUGGGUCAUGCUGGGAGCCGUAGGAGCCUACGACUGGAACGGGACGGUGGUCAUGCAGAAGGCAAACCAAAUCGUAAUCCCCCCAAACACCACCUUCAACGCGGAGCCCACCAAGAAGAGCGAACCGCUCGCUUCCUAUCUAGGGUACACAGUCACUUCCGCCACCGUCCCCGGAGACGUGCUGUAUCUCGCGGGCCAGCCCCGCUACAACCACACAGGCCAGGUCGUCAUCUACCGGAUGGAAGGUCAGAACGUCAGGAUUCUCCAGACGCUCCGUGGAGAGCAGAUCGGCUCCUACUUCGGCAGCGUUUUAACCACAGUGGACAUUGAUAAAGACUCUCGCACUGACGUCCUUCUGGUGGGAGCCCCGAUGUUCAUGGGCUCCGAGAAGGAGGAGCAAGGGAAAGUGUACGUGUACGCGGUGAAUCAGACAAGGUUUGAAUAUCAAAUGAGCCUGGAACCGGUUAAACAGACGUGCUGCUCGGCUCUGAAGCACAACUCGUGCACGAAAAAGAACAAAAACGAGCCGUGCGGGGCCCGCUUCGGAACGGCGAUCGCGGCCGUGAAAGACCUCAACCUGGACGGGCUCAACGACGUGGUGAUCGGCGCGCCGCUGGAGGACGACCACGCGGGCGCCGUGUACAUCUUCCACGGCAGCGGCCGGACUCUGCGGGGGCAGCCGGCGCAGCGUAUUCCAUCCGGCGGCGACGGCGAGACACUGAAAUUCUUCGGCCAGUCCAUUCACGGAGAAAUGGACUUAAACGGGGACGGCCUGACGGAUGUGACCAUCGGGGGCCUGGGUGGUGCUGCCCUCUUCUGGUCCCGGGACGUGGCUGUCGUUAAAGUGACCAUGAAUUUUGAACCGAAUAAAGUGAACAUUCAAAAGAAAAACUGUCGCAUGGAGGGAAAGGAAACAGUAUGCAUAAACGCCACAGUGUGUUUUGAUGUGAAACUGAAGUCCAAAGAGCACACUGUUUACGAGGCUGAUAUGCAGUACCGUGUCACGCUAGAUUCACUAAGACAAAUAUCACGAAGUUUUUUCUCUGGGACCCAAGAGAGGAAGAUUCAAAGAGACAUCACCGUUCGGAAGUCCAAAUGCACUAAGCAUUUCUUCUACAUGUUGGACAAGCAUGACUUCCGGGACUCUGUCAGGGUGACCGUGGACUUUAAUCUUAUCGGCCCGGACAAUGGGCCCAUUCUUGAUGAUUCGAUACCCAAUUCAGUACAUGAAUACAUUCCCUUCGCCAAGGAUUGUGGGAACAAGGACAGGUGCAUCUCGGACCUCGCCCUGGAAGCCUUGACCACAGAGCAGAGCCUGCUGCUCGUCCGGUCCCACAGCGACAAGUUCAACGUCAGCCUCACGGUCAGAAACAACGGCGACAGCGCCUACAACACCCGGACCAUGGCACACUAUUCUCCCAACCUCAUUUUUUCAGGAAUCGAGGCAAUCCAAAAAGACAGCUGUGAAUCCAAUCACAACAUCACAUGUAAAGUUGGAUAUCCUUUCCUGAGAAAAGGAGAAAUGGUGACUUUCAAAAUACUAUUUCAAUUUAACACAUCCUAUCUCAUGGAAAAUGUGACCAUUCACUUAAGUGCAACAAGUGACAGCGAAGAACCUCCGGCAACCCUUUCGGAUAACGAGGUCAGCAUUUCCCUCCCAGUGAAAUACGAAGUCGGACUCCAGUUUCACAGCUCUGCCAGUGAAUACCAUAUUUCAAUUGAGGCCAAUGAGACAGUGCCAGAAGCUGUUAAUUCUACUGAGGACAUUGGAAAUGAAAUCAAUAUCUUCUACUUGGUUGGGAAGAGCGGACAUUUCCCGAUGCCGGAGCUCAAGCUCUCCAUUUCCUUCCCCAACCUGACGUCGGAUGGCUACCCUGUGCUCUACCCAAGCGGGUGGUCAUCUUCUGACAACGCACACUGCAGACCCAGUGACCUUCAGGAUCCGCUCGGUAUCAACUCUGGGAAGAAGACGAUUACGCUGACAUCCGAAGACAUCAAGCGAGGCACCAUGCUGGACUGCAGUGCGUGUAAAUUCGCUACCAUCACGUGCCAUCUGAUCCCUUCUGACGUGAGCCAAGUGAAUGUUUCACUUAUCUUGUGGAAACCAACUUUUAUAAAAACACGUUUUUCCAGCUUAAAUCUUACGGUAAGGGCAGAACUUCAGAGCGAGAACACAUCGCUGGUGUUGAGUCCUGGCAAUCAAAAGCGGCAGCUUGCUAUUCAGAUCUCCAAAGACGGGCUGCCGGGCAGGGUGCCCCUGUGGGUGAUCCUGCUGAGCGCGUUCGCCGGCCUGCUGCUGCUGCUGCUGCUCGUCCUCGCGCUCUGGAAGGUCGGAUUCUUCAAAAGACCACUAAAAAAGAAAAUGGAGAAAUGAAAUCUUUCACAAGAGAAAAAAUAAUUAUUCAAUGAUCUAUCCUCAGGUUUGCCUCAAGUAUGUGACAAGAAAUUUAUAAAUAUAAUUAAAGACAUAGUCACAUAAAUAUAUAUAACCCAUGAGGGUUAAUCACUUGGAAAAUGACAGAUCAAGCAAGAUCCAAAAACAAUACCAUAUAUCUUUUAUAAAAUGAUGAAAAAUAUUUUUAAAUAACAACUCAUUUUUGUUGAGUAUUUAAGCAAAAUUAGUGUUUUGAAGAUGAAGAAUAACCUGUACAAAUACUUUUAUAUAUUAAAUCACCAUUCAAAGUAUUUAAGGACUGCAUUAAAAGAUUUUUAUCAUUGAAACAUUUACACUCAGAACAAUAUAAAUUAAGCUUUUUUGGUCGAUUCCUGAUCAAUAUACCUUCAGCAUGACAGUUAACAUUUGUACAGUCAGCGCUAAGCAAAAAAUCACUUCCCCCAAUUCAAAUGAGAAGAAUUUCGCAGGUAGAGUCUACCUAUGGACUGAAAAACAAUUAAAUCACAGAGAACACAUUCAGUAUCUUUGUGCUGGAUUCAGUACUUGGACAAUUUUCUUUCCAAAGUGUUUGGAAAAUAGUGUAAUUGAGCUGAAAUUCUAUCUGUGAUGGAAAAUCAAGAUAGACUUAUUUAAAAGCAAGUGCACUGAAUGGACUAAUUUAAGCUUUUACAAAACAUGCUUAAUUUUGAUAAAGAGCUCUAAUGCUCGAGCGUUUUUUAGACUGAAAAACAAACAAACAAACAAACACACA